CGGCAGCGAACGUCCGUUCCACGCGGCCGCAGCGCUUGUUUACGCCGCGACCAGCGGAGGGCGGAGCGCUCCCCCACAGCGCCGGAAGCGCGGCGCGGGGCGUUCCCAUGCGGCGCUCCGCUGACCCCGCAGCUGUGAUCGCUGAGAUUUGGCGGAAGGUUCACGCUGCUUUCAGCAUGAGAGCCCGGAGCGCUGCCGCGCGCACCGCUGUACCGUUCUUCCAAAGGCUUGUCAUGGGAAUGCUAUUAUCGACGCUCAUUCCCCCCCUCUCUCUUGAGCGCACCGGGAGGGCUGUGCCCCGGGGGGGGCGCGGCCGAGAGUUGUGGAACCGCAAACCCGCGCGCCGCCUACAGCACCCAGAGUGCCCCGCGCGCCUCGCAGCACGUCCCCGGCGCCUCGCACAUGCGCAUAGCGCUCUAUGGCUCCAAGAUGGCCGACACAGCACCCGGCGGUUCCGGCACGGUAACGGCAGCUCCCCGUUGGGCCGCGAGAGGUCAGGUAGCAAGCACACGACCACGCCGGCGGACAACUACUACCUGGCGCGGAGGAGGACUCUGCAGGUGGUGGUCAGCUCCUUGCUCACUGAAGCUGGCUUUGAGAGUGCUGAAAAGGCUGCGGUGGAGACACUGACAGAGAUGUUACAGAGCUAUAUUUCUGAAAUUGGAAGGAGUGCAAAGUCCUACUGUGAACAUACAGCCAGGACACAGCCUACGCUCUCUGAUAUAGUGGUUACUUUAGUGGAAAUGGGGUUCAAUGUUGAAACGCUUCCUGCAUAUGCAAAGCGCUCCCAGAGGAUGGUCAUCACUGCCCCUCCCGUGACAAACCAGCCUGUGACUCCCAAAGCCCUGACAGCUGGACAGAACAAGCCACAUCCGUCCCACAUCCCUGGCCAUUUUCCCGAGUUUCCAGAUCCUCACACCUACAUCAAGACACCAACAUACCGAGAGCCAGUAUCUGAUUAUCAAGUCCUACGGGAAAAGGCAGCAUCUCAGAGACGUGACGUGGAAAGAGCUCUCACACGCUUCAUGGCUAAGACGGGAGAAACACAGAGUCUCUUCAAAGAUGAUGUUAGCACAUUCCCAUUGAUUGCUGCCAGGCCUUUCACUGUACCCUACCUGACAGCUCUCCUCCCCUCUGAGCUGGAAAUGCAGCAAAUGGAAGAAACAGAUUCAUCUGAGCAAGACGACCAGACGGACACGGAGAACCUGCCCUUGCAUAUGAGCACGGAUGAUUCAGGACCUGAAAAAGAGAACGCUUCAGUAUUACAGCAGAACACCUCCUUGUCUGGCAGCCGUAAUGGGGAGGAGAAUAUGAUAGACAAUCCUUACCUCCGGCCAGUGAAAAAGCCCAAGAUCCGCAGAAAGAAAUGAAAUGUAGUCAGUUGGCUGCUAAAAGAAAGAGAAGCUCAUUUCUCUGGCUGUUAUGAGGGGUCUCCUUUGCUGCUGUGGCAUGUAGCAAGACAGGAGAGGCAGUCCGACUGAAUGGCAGAAGCAGAGAAGUGAUCUUUGUCUGCCUGGCAAACUACACUGUCAUCAUGGUUUGCAGUGCUCCCUCUUUCUCCUCUGCUUUUCUGCUGACUUGGAAUGGUCAGUGGUCAACUGCCUUAAUGGUGGUGAAGGCCACUGGGUUACAGAUGGGAAUUCUCUUGUUUGUUUUGUUUUCUUCUCACUGUUGAGGAGAUUUACUCUCUAAAGAGGCACGGGACACAAAGGUUCUUGCUGCUCUACAGAACAAAAAGACAUAAGUCAUUUGUGGCUGCCUUACAAGCUAGAAAAGAAACUUCUGCAAUAAACCAUGUUUGCUUUCUAAUCUGUGUAGUAUGCAUUAAGAGAAAAAUCCCAGAGAGGUUUCUUUCUUUAGAUUGUUGGCAGGUAAAAGCAAAUACUUCUAUCAAAGAGUCAGGUGUAAAUACAGAGCUAAGAUGGGAUUUAUUGUCACUAUUCUGAUUGCAGCUUCACUUCCAAUUUAAAAGCACUGACUGUGGUGUUUACCCUAUUCUGCUUUGAAAUUAUUUUCUAGCAGUACCAAUGGCAAGAUUCAAUGGCUGCCUCAGGCUCUUUUUUAGUUCUGUUGUUAGUUUCCGCACAGCACAAGACCUUUGAGAGUUCAUGCCUUCACCAGCUGUUUUGAAAGAUGCUUGCUGCAAAGCUUGGAGUAUGGAAUAAAGCUGUAUUGAUUACAGUCUGCAGGGCUAUGCUAUUAUCAUGCUUUUAAAUUUUGUCAUUGCUCAGAUACAAGCUUUUAUCAACGAAAGUUUAUCUUUUUUCUUUUCUUUUGUUGUUCCUUUUUUUCGUUAGAGAAGGACCUUUAUUUCAGCUGUGAAAAUGACUGCUGGUGAGAUUGCUGUAAUUGUUAUCUAAUUUUGGAGGCCUUUCCUUUAAUUUUCGUUCAGUCUUUACUUAGGGAAAAUAUGCACAGAAUUCCUAUAACAAAAGAAUCCUAUUGUUUGGUACAGUCUCCCAGGCGUGAUAUUAAUACCUGGAUUCUGUAGUCCAUACUACCCAUUAGCUUUUUCUCAUUCAUGCAGGUCAUUUGUGAAGGGAAAAUUGCAUUUAAGCACUAGUCAAAACUGCACCUCUUUUAGAUGAGAAUCUGGUGCUGAGAGAGGCAGCAAAGAUUGCCUGCUUCAGACUGUCAGCUUAUUGCUUCCCUGAGCAGUAUCUGAGUGCACAAAGUCAGUUGCAGUCAGAGGGAACAGAGUUGUGUGUACUGUUCUGUUCAGUGAAGGCAUCCCUCUUCACCUAUCACCCAAUGAGGAGGAAGAAGAGGAGGAAUUAUUUCAGCAAGAAUGGAAGUAUUGCUGCCAAAUAAUUUGAAAUUACAUCUUUAGCAAAAAAAGUCCUGUGUGUGCCAUUGCCACUUUUGCUGGUGCCUUUGUUGUACAGAAAAACAAAUGUACAGAGACAUUAUGUAUAUAUAUACAUAUGUAUAUAAAAAUAUAUAUCUUUUUUUCUUAACUUGGAUUAGGUGUUUUUCAUAAUGAAAAUAUCCCUUUCUGGGUAGGGGAAAAUCUGGAAUGAAAAUAGUGACUUUUAUGUUCAUAAUAAAAUAAAUUUUAUCUUCUACAAGCAAAA